AUGGGCUGGGUAUACAACCUCCAUGGGGAAGAUCCUCACAGUGAAAUCUCUCGGGUGAUCGCAAUUUGCCUGGUCUUCUCCAUCAGCGCCCUCCUGGCGAUUAUUUUACGCUUCUAUGUACGACUUUCGACGAACAGAACCCCAUGGGUAGACGACUAUGCAGCAUUGGCUAGUUCAAUCUUUGCUCUAGCAUAUGCAGGAAUUGCGGUAGUUCAAACAAGAUGGGGCCAAGGUCUCAGUGCUGCUUAUUUCCCAAAGGAGAAUGUCAUCCCAUUCAGCAAGGUUCAAUACGUGGGCGGUCCAGUCUACUGUCUCGCACUCCUCGGCUUCAAGGUCGCCCUGUUGACUUCAUACCUGCGUAUUGCAGGAGUAGUUAAGCUGUACCGAAAAGUCAUUAUUGCUGCCAUUGUGGUUUGCGCCAUCAACCAGCUAAUUUUUACCGUCAUCAUCUCGGUUUCGUGCAUACCAGUUGCAAAGCAGUGGGACUCAUCUAUCAAAGGGAAAUGUAUCGAUACAAUUCCAUUUUACUUUGCCCUGGCAGGUACAAGUAUCGGGUUGGACCUCGUCAUCAUUGCCUUACCGCUACCAGUGCUUUGGAGACUACAACUUCGUUUGAAGCAGAAGGUCAUUCUCGCGGGACUCUUCGCACUCGGAUUCUUUGUGACCGUAAUUCAAAUUAUUCGAAUUUUCACGGUCAAGGAUUUGAAAACGUACACCGAUAGUAAGAACAUUGUGAUUUGGUCUUGCAUUGAAGUCAGCCUUGGGGUUAUCGUUUCCUGCAUCCCAACCUACGGUCCACUGUUCAAAGCCUUCGCAUCCACCGUCAACUCAUACCGCAACAAUGACACCUCACGAUCUUAUCAACUCGGCUCGAUACACCCGACUACCAAGUCGGCGGCUUCUCGCAAGAGGAGUAACUUUGAGCUUAUAUCUGAGUCAGAGGGGGCGCAAAUAACAGUGGUUGUGUCGGCUGACGGGGGCCGGAAGAAUUACAGGACGCAGUCACACGGUGGUGAUAGCGAGGAACAUAUUCUGUCCCCAACCGGGAAGAUCUAA